AACAAAUGUUUCGUAAGCAUCCACUGCAGUAUCUGCACAGGCGCGCGCCCGCCUGUGUGUGCGUAUGUAUGUGUGUUUCUAUUUGAAUGAGUGACGUAAGAAGGAGAUGCAUAGGGGCUGUCGGCUGCAGAAGGAACCGAGAGCUCAGAUGUGUGAGAUGGCUGCUUUGUGGAUGCUACUGGCGGCGGGGCUCUGUCUCAUUGUCAAUGUGUGUCCCACCGACGGACAAACUACCGGCAUACCGUGGACUAAACUCAAGUUGUACCAUAAAGCAAGACCUCUAAGUACAAGAGACCUACGACAUACUGUUACAUUGACAGACAUUUCCCGAAUGUGGCAGAAGGACCUGCAACCCAUCUUGGUACCAAGGUACCCAGGCUCCAUGGGCAGUCAUGCUGUGAGACAGCAUAUUUUAAAUUCUUUGAGUUCACUGGGUGCAGGGUGGACCACAGAAGAGGACAGAUUCCAGGAUUAUACACCAUAUGGGCUUAAAACAUUUUCAAACAUAAUCAGCACUUUGAAUCCAUCAGCCCGACGGCGUCUUGUACUCGCCUGCCACUAUGACUCCAAGUACUUUCCUCCACAGUGGCAUGGCAGAGAAUUUGUAGGAGCCACAGAUUCAGCUGUGCCAUGUGCUAUGAUGUUGGAACUGGCACGUGCUUUUGAUAGUGAGCUUAAGACAUUGAAGAAAGACAUUCCAGAUCUUACUCUUCAGCUGAUAUUCUUUGAUGGUGAGGAAGCCUUUUACCAGUGGACUUCUGCAGACUCUUUAUAUGGUUCACGGCAUUUGGCUCAAAAAAUGGAAGCCACUCCUCACCCUGAGGAAGCAAGUGACACCAACCAGCUGCAUGGAAUUGAUCUCUUUGUGCUCUUGGAUUUGAUUGGUGGAUCCAGUCCACAAUUUGCAAACCACUUUUUAAACACUAGAAGAUGGUUCAGUAGACUACAAAACAUUGAGAGGCGUUUGCACAGCAUAGGUACUUUGAAGAAUCAUCCUUCAGCCAGUCAAUAUUUCUUGUCAAGUCUUCGUUCUGGAGUUAUUGACGAUGAUCAUAUACCAUUUUUGGAUAGAGGUGUGCGGAUCCUACAUCUGAUACCAACUCCAUUCCCUGAUGUUUGGCACACUUUUAAUGACAAUGAACAGAAUCUGGACAGAGACACCAUUGAAAACCUGAAUAAGAUUUUGCAAGUGUUUGUGCUUGAAUACCUAAAGUCCUGAAGCUGAUUUUGGAGAGUACUCUGAUGUAUUUUCAAAUCUGCACUUUAAUUACAAUUAUUUUGUUGGGUUAAAUGGCAGAAGUUAACUAAAAUUUCACCUAAAUGUUUUUAUAUAUAUAAAUGCAGUAUAUAUACAUACAAACAUGCAUUUUUUUAGUGUCAAUAGUUUUCGUUCUUGCCUUAUUGAAAGUGAAACGUGUGUUGUUCUUCACUAUACUGUAUAUAUUUUUUUUCACUUCCUGAUUCUAAAUUGAUUAUUUUUCUUUGGAUAAGCAAUCAUUAUAUAUUAAUAUUCAGAACUUUUUUAUGACAGUUAAAAUAAUAAAGAAAAAUAAUAACAUAUUUGUAUGGGUUGACACUUGCUUACCAGUAGAAGAAGUAUCAUUUUUGUUAUAGAAGAGCACAUUAUUUGUGCAAAUAACUAUUUUAUGGUAAUAUGUGUCAUGUUUAAAAAAUAUAUUAAGACAAGUGAUUUAAAUAUGUCAUGGUAUCCCCAGAAUAAUUUAUCUGUUUUAAAUUUAGGUUCAGAGUUACUGUCUUUAGUAACACUAGUUAAAACGAAUAAGCUAAAAAAUAAUAAUAAAUAGUGAUCUCCAGUUAAAUCAUUGAUUUAUACAGGUUUGUGAGAUAGUCUAAAUGUAAUGUUAAGGCUAAAGUACAAUAAAAUGAUAAGAAUUGUAGAAUUUUUAUUAGUGAUUAAAAUAUUGUACUGAAACUCAGAUAGUGGAAGAUCACUGCUGUUAAUGUUUCGGGAGAAAAGAAGAGACAGUGUACCUAUGAGGUUAAUAUGUGUACUGUACAAUGGUAGCUGAUAUACUGUGUUUAUUUUUGGAAACUAUUAAUGGAGGACAACUAAGAAUAAAAUCCUGUCAUGUAUAGACAGGGAUGGAGUACACAGAGCCUGACCCAUUGCUACUAGGAAACACUGCUGAUCUGUCUUUAUAUAAGAAAUAGUCCUGGAUGACAUCUGUAAGUAUGUGAUGUUUCUGCACAAUAUAAAUACAUGAAAGAGGAACCAGUUUGUAUUGUGAGUAGAAACGCAGUCUGCCUUUUUUGGUUUAUCUUACUCAUUUAUAUUUAAAGAAAUAGAACAUGUGCUUUAAUUUGUUACCUACCAUUGAACACAAUUAACCAUGGAUAUUGUUUGUUGUUAAAUUAAGUAUAAAAAGACAAAUGUUUCAGGCAUGUUAGAGAUGUUUAUGAUGUAAGUUAACUAACUUAUUUGUGUAUUGUGUGUAAAAAAUAACUUUUUCUCAUUUUUAAAAUGGAAAAAGAAAACCAAAAGCAGUCUUAGUAGAAGAAUUUUUAUCAUUAUUUGCUAUAUGCAUUUCAUUAUAACAUCAUUUUCAGGCCAUGAUGCAACAGAACAGAUUCAAAUAAUGACUUAGCAAUCUAUCCUCAGCUUUUGAUGGUUGAAAUAAGGAUUUUUGAAUACUUUGUCGUGAUUUUAUUGUUCUAGUAGUUUUGAAAAGUUUUCACAAAGCAGGAGAAGCCUUUUAUGUAAAUAUGGAAUUGCUUCCUUUUGAAGAACUAAUCAUUUACAAGUAUUUAGGCUCCUUUUAAUAUAAUAUUGCAUUGUAUCUUAUCAUUUAAUAUACAGCAUGUUCUGACAUUUUUUAAGUUAAGAAAAGAGAAAUUUCAAAAAAAAAGAUUGUUGUUCUGCAAGUGGGUAAACACUGACAAGUAACUGAAUAACACAGUUCUCUAAAUAGGGAAGUAAUUGCUAUAUGGGCAUUAAAGUGAGAAGGAGACCCUUGGAGACUGGCAGAAAGACGGACCUUUCACAAACUAUUAGGUGACAGGUUAGGUUCUUUCUGCAUUAGAGGAGAAACUACAAAGACUGCCUAUCUCUGUGAUUAGAAAUUGGUGCUCAGGGAUACAGAAGUAUUUGGAGAAGGCAGACGGAGAACUGGUAGGACAGCUCUGUUACAUUCAAAGGGCAUUGCUGACCACAAAAGUAAUAUCUGGCAGGAGUUUAAAGACCACUGCUUACUGUGGGCCAUUGAGCUUAAAUUUGGCUUCAGUGGCUGAGAGGGUGUUUAAUCAGAAAUAAUAGAAAGAGAAGGAUACAGGUCGGGAGGUUGUAUCCAGCAUGGGGCACAUGCUCCAUUGGGAAUGUUUUAGAAUUAAAGCUUAAACUUUGAACCUGUACAUAUUCUUCCCAACAACCACAGUGGAUAUAUUAACAGCCAAGAGUAAUAGGGUACAAAUGAAAGGAUAUGUUUAACUUGCUUUAAAGUGCACUCCUAAUAUACAAUUUAGUAUAUAUAAAGUAAUAUGUACAUACAGUAAAGUCAAAGAUAAGAUCUUCAGUGAUUUUUUUGACAACUGUAUGUCCAACUCUGGAGGAGUCAGAGGCAUUUCUCUUAGGAAUCAGAGUUCUUCCACCUAUGCAAGGGGCUCUUGGUUCCUUGAGCCUGUGACAAGCUUUAUACUCACAAUUUCAACUGACCUAUAUAUAAAUUAGCCUGUGUUCUACCAAUUCAACACAUUCAGUGAACUAUUUGCAGAUUCUGCUGAUCAAUGCAGAUCUCUUCCACCUAUUUAGCAAAUUCUGUAUUACAUACUUUUAAAUUCUGUCAGUUUGGAACAAGUGCACCUACUCUAAUCACUAAAUGUUUUAACAUUUAACAUGUUUUGUCACAUCUCUCUGAAAGAUAUGUCUGCCAGGUAUAUUUAAUUUUUUGUGACUUUUUGAAGGUUUUAGAAUAUGAAGUAUUGAUAUUAAAAGUUUUUUUUGUGCUAAAGGCAAUUGUUAAAAUUGAUAAAAUAUUUAACAUCACAAUGCCAUUUUAUUUUUAAUGGACACCGCAAUUUUGCACUUAUCUUGUGUAUGGUACUUGUCAGUACCUGAUCUGAGCCCCCUGGCUGCUUUGCUUCACGCAUGCAAUGAACUUUUACACAUGCAUACAAUAAGUAUACUUCAACUCACACUUUACAGUGCUGCUCAAUCUGUUGCAAACAUUCGUGAUAACAUACAGCUUCACUAUAUGAUCGGCACCCCAGGUGGAUUUGCACCCUAUCCCCAUGCACUUAAAAAAAAAAAAAUCUCUUUCUCCCUGUAAGCAUCCAGUUUCUGGCCUGUAAUCUGUAUUGUAUAACUCAUCUUAUAAUCUUCUCCCGUUAAUUUCAGUUUAGUUCAGAGAACUUUCUCGUGCCUUUGCUCCUCCUGCCUUGGUAAGUAUAUUUCAUAAUGUUAAAUGCAAUUUCCAAAAUCCUUACUAUCAACAAAUUAAGUUAAAGUUUGUUCAUAGAGUGCUAACUGAUGGGUCAUAAACCUGAACCACUCUGUUACUUUUGCAUAUUGAGUGUGCACUUUUCUCCACAUGUUCAGGUUCUGCCCUCCUAUUUUUUUUUCACUUUUAACAUUUGUUCUCCUGUUCCUUGUCUUCUUUCCAAUCUGUUCAUAUUUCAUUAUUGCCUGAAAUUCUAAUCCUUUUAGAUCUGUCCUAUCUAUGUCUCACUUCUUACCAGCAGAACCUUAUCUGUUUAGGGAGACUUGCCACUAAACGACUUUCUUAACACUGUUGAUAAUUGAGCAUCUAUAUUUUACAGUUUGUUACACAUAUAGAAUUCUGUAUCUUGUAUUAACAAAGCUUCAGAGAAGACUAUUGACGGCUGCUCUAUCCCUGUUCAGUCUUUAAAAUCCUGGAUGUUUGCUAAUCCUUAAUGCUGCUGUUGGUUCAGUGCUUCCUGACUUGGAAUGGGGGUGCUGAUUGGGUAUUUUGGUGGGGGAGGGGGCAUUUUCAGGCAUGGGUUCCAUUUUAAACGUUCUGUGCAAUUUUAAUUUAAUGUUUUUGAAAUAUUUAAUAAAUAGUUCAUCACAAAAAACAAAAAAAAGAAAAACUUUAUGGCAUGGCCCAGCUGUGGAUACACAAAUCGCAGAAUUUUCAUUUGAGGGGUGUAUUAGCUGAAUAUUUAUUCAUUUUAUGUUGUGUCUCCACUGCUGUACUAAGUAUGAUACACUCCUAACUAUUACCACCAAUUUUUAUUAUCGAAAAUGCACAUUUCUCUUAAGGCUAUUGCUAGACCACUUUCAUUUUGCUUACUUGGAAAUUAUUGCUCCUUUUUAUCCUUACACAAACAAGCUAAUCAAAUCAAAUUACAAAUUAAGAAAGAAUAAAAUGCUGGAUAUAUUACCAAAAAAGUUAAGUUAGUGUACUUGUGUAUGAAAAAAGGGGCUACAAAUAAGACAAUAACUUAAGUUAUGAAAUAAGAGACACAGAAUGGGCUGUGUUGUAAAAGAGAAUCACAUUUAAACACAAUGGCACAAAUCAGGGGGUGCAGAUCGGAUAGUGACAAUGAUUGCCAUGCUGCUGUACAGGACAACAUGAAAUCACAACCCGUGAUGUCACAGCAUAGGCUAUAGAGGUGGUCAUGCACUUCCUGAUUAUCCGAGAUUGGAGUGAAACCUCUUCGAGAGUGUCUGUAUAGUCAUAUCAUCUUGGUUUCAGAUUGUGUGCAACAGUAUUUUGACUAUGUCUUUGUUUAGUAAUUUGGCUGUGAUGACAUAUGGAAAGAUUCAUGGCUUUAGCCUUUGCUCUUUUCAUCUUUUGAUCUCUAUUUAAAAUAAAAUCUCUGCCUUUUCACUCUUAA